AUGACGUCAUCACUACGUCCUGUAAAACGAUAUUCAAUCGAACAAUGUUUUGUUCCCUUAUUGACUUCAUCCGAAUCAUUCAUUCUCAGCUACGAUGAACAUCCUCGUCCUUUGGUUCGAUUAUUCAAUAGUGGUUGUCACCAAAUCAUGUGUAUUUAUCUUCCAACAUUGUUAGUGGACAUGUGCUAUUCAUCCUAUUUGGAUGUGUUUCUUCUUCUGUCAAGUCAAUGUGUUUAUAAGUUAAAUCCAUCAAUUGGUCAACUCGAACAUAUCGAUGAUUAUGAAUUACUAAAAGAAAAUCGUUUUCUUUCAUCUUUAUGUUCAACAAAUGAUCAUCGUCUGUUUAUUUUGUAUCGUUUUGGUGAAUAUUUAGAUGAAUAUCCACGAGGAAAACGUAUUUGGAAACGACGACAUUUGUGUGAUUCACUUAGCGAAGAUAUCUCCUUGAUUCGUUCGUCAUGUACAACUGAUAAUCCACAUUCAUUUCUUCUCGGUUUACUCAUUGUUGAAUGGAAUGGAACAUGGCUGGCUGGACACGUGAUGUAUGGCUUUCCGAUUGGUCGCCUUACGAAUGUUGGUUUGUUGGAAGUCGAUGUCGUUUGA